CCCAAUCGGAGGGGGGCGCUGCGAGCGGCUCCGCGGCUAUAAAAGGGCCGUGGGGGGACAGCGGCUGGCCUUCGUUGGUUCCGCUAUGUCCCGGGGUGCCCCAGCUGCGGCCGCCCCCCUUCUGGGAAAUGAUGCUGCUGCUGGCCCGGGAGCCGGGUAUGGAGUGGCUGGAGCUGGGCCUUACUGCGCAGGCAGCCACCUGCCUGCAUCGUGGCCGAGGAGCAGCGUGGGGGACCGAGGCGGUGGCGCAGCCCCGCAGCUCCUGGGAGGACGGCGUGGCGGUGGCUGGAAGGGAGUUUAGUUGUCCUCAGAAACAUUCCUUGGGACCUUGGCCGCUGAAGACAUUGUCGUUGUUGGAGAGCUCAGGAGAUAGUAGGCUUUGGCAAGCUUACCUGGAAGGACUGAAGAAAUUCCUUCUCUUUAGGAAAAGCAUGAGAAUGCCUGCAGCCUGGCCAAUUCCAAAGGAGCAAGUUAGAGACUUUUUGGCUGUAGAAUCUCAUCGUUCAUCCUCAAAGACACUCAUGUAUGUGGCAGCACUGUCUUACUUAUCAAAACUGACUGGUAACCCUGAUCCUCUGGAAGACGCUGUAACCCGUUGUAUGGUGGUAGGGUUGAAAUGUCAAGUGGGCAUCCUAAGGGAUAAAUACUUGCCUGUAACAAUUGAGGUGUUGCGAUCUCUCUUAGGAGCUCUGGAGUCUGUAUGCAUAACUCCUUAUGAAUGCUUACUGUUUCGUGCAUUAUUUACUGUAGCUUUUUUUGGGGCACUUCGGAUAGGUGAGAUGGUGGCAAAGCACCAUAAUGUACUGCAGCCUGAGCUGCUGUACCUGAGUGAUCUCCAGCUGAUGGAGAGGAGAGUGGUGUUUUGCCUGUGUAACUCUCCUGUGGCUCAGGAGAGACAACUCAUCAGCCUUGGGCUGUCUGGAGAGCCGUGGGUGUGCCCUGUUCUGGCCCUCCAUCGCUACGUGAUAGUUCGUUCACAGCUGGAAGGGCCACUCUUUAUGCACUCUGAUAACACUACUGUAACGAAGAGGGAGUUCCUGACCAUUCUCCGAUGUGCCCUGCGGCUGCUGGGGUUAUGCCCAGAGCAAUAUGGUGUGCAUUCCUUCUGGCUGGGGACUGCUGCCACUGCUGCACGCUGUGGGUAUCCCAGGGAAGAUGUCACUCGCCUAGCAAGAUGGCCCUGUGUGAUGCCAGAGAGAUCAUAGCCAUGGAGGCCAACGGUGAAAUGGAAGCUAAUGAAUUACCUUCUUUCUGUAGAGCUGGCUUUUAAUAGUGUAGUUUCUAGUCUUUGACAGUAAUUUAGUAUAAUGCCUGUAAUGAAUUUUCUACCUCGAAGUGGGGUGAUCUGUGAAGGUCACUCACAGUAGCUGCUUGUGCUGUUUGUAGUGUUGGUGGUGGGGUGUCAAACCUGCUGUGCAUGGACCUUGUCUGUCUUGUCUUGACAGAGCAAGUCUGCAGACAGUUUUAUCUUGUAUAGUGUGAGUAUACGUUUCCUUUUGACGUGCAGAAUUAGACUCUAUAACUCGAAAGUUAUAAAGUAGGUAUGUUUAUUGUGCGCAGAUGGCCCGGGGGAUCGCUCCUCCACAAGCGUGCAUGCCCAAAGUGAGGAACCAUCUCACAUUUAUACAAUAAAACAAAUGAA